AAUGUAGGCAGUGCAUCUGUUGAAGAUGAACACUGAGGAAUUCUCUGAGCCUAAAGAAAACAAAUGGUGGUUAAUGUUAUUAUGCUGAUUAUGCAUUUAUCAGCAUAUUUUAUAAUGCUCUCUCUCUCUCUCUCUUUCAGAUGGCAAUGUGGUGGAACUCUUUCCUUGCUUUUCUGUUGUACCUAACUCACGUCGACCCAUCCUGCUUGGGUGUGCGUCAUCGAAGAACCUUGUCUUUCACGAACUCUCUCCGUGUCACACGUUCUGUUCGAUCCAGUGUUCAAAAGCUGCUACUCACAUAUAAGGAGAAGCUUCUGGGUGAUAAACACUUUGAGGACAGAAGCCUGGUAUUAGCAUCACUGCCAGCUGUAAGCUUCAACUACUCUACCUGGAUACUCAUUAAGGAUGGGGAGCGGCUGUGCUGGGACGCAGAGGGGAUUCAGACAUUCUGGGCUCACCUGGAGACCCAGAGGCUUCUCCUGGAGAGUGAGGCCAUGACGGAAAGGGCCAGCACCGCCAACCGGAGAGAUAGACGGGGCCAUCCCAACAAAGCCCUUUGCCUCUCCAUCCAUCAUGUCCAGAUGGACCUACGGGACCUCCUCAAAAAAGUCAACACACAGGUACUUAUACGGCUUCUGGCAUCGCUGAACGGCACCAAAACAGAAGUGGGCUCCUCCUGCAGCACCCGAACCGUAACUCUGAGAGUGACCCAGUCUGCCAGCUCCACUGCCACGGGACGAAGGCCCACUCGCUCUCUGUGGGAUCGGCGACUGGAUGGGUACGUGAUCCUCAGGGACCUGAACCGGUUCAUGGCCCGGCUGACCCGAGACUUCACCCUUCUCAAAGCCAAACUGAAGCCCCAAUGAGUCUACUUGGAGCUCCCCACAGCUGCACAUUGACUAGUGACUGAUUUUUUUUCUUUUAACUUCUCUAUUUAUCAUUGGUUGCAUGUAUGCCAUCUCAGGGAUGGUUUAAUUGACAGGAAUGGGAGUGUGUAGUUUUAUAGUUUUAUAAUUUUACAGGAUAAUUUUAUAUAGUUUGUUAUCUUGUUCAAAUGUACUUUGUAAUUGUCUUUGUUAAAGACAAAGGCUUGGGCAGCUAAAAUGUAUUUAUUUACACAAUGCACAACUUUCACACUGUAAGAAACCAUACUGACCUCUACAUUUAGGAGCAAUACAAUAUGCCCAAAGUAAUAAGACUCAGAGGGAACGCAAGUCUGCAUACAUGUCUCCUGUGACAUGUGAGUAAAUACCCGUCCUGUUCUGUUUUAAUACUGACAUCUGAUUAAAAAUGUGUUUCUAUUGCUAACCUUACCUACUGAGCAGGAUAGUAUUUUAUGCUACAGAAAACCAGUUAUGAGGGUGAAUUCCUGUGAGGUUCAAGGCUUCAACAACUGACCAUACUUUUCUCUUGCACAAAAAAUGCCUUGGUUAAACCCAAGGACAUGAAUAUAGAGAAGAGUGUCUGGAUCUUAGUGUAGUGUUUCUUAGAAAUAGGUUUCUUAGAAACCUAUGACCUCCAGCUGCUGAUAAGUUCCUCAACACCCUCCUUACCGGCAGUUCCCUGUACUUUCCACAAUAUCCAACAGU